GAAAAACGAAACAUUAUCGCGUUGACGUGGCUGUAAGAGGUAAACACGGAAACGUUUUGGUAGGAACAUAGUCGAAAGUAUGGAUCAAAAAAAAGAAACGGCAUUAGUGACGGAAAGAUACGGCUCUCAGGAAGAGUGGACGUACCGAUUAAAUAAGGGAGUGCUGAAGAGGGAAAGGCUGGAUGCUGGGGGAGCCACCAAGCCAUUUCUUGGGUUCUUUAAAAGUGUCUUCUUACCACAAGGAUAUCCAGACAGUGUCAGUGGGGACUACCUGCAAUAUCAGUUUUGGGAUACUAUACAGGCUUUCUCCAGCUCCCUGUCAGGCACGCUAUCCACCCAAGCAUCACUAAGGGGUGUUGGUGUAGGCAAUCAGGAGGCUACAGUUGCUGCGGCAACUGUUACCUGGUUACUAAGAGAUGGCACCGGGAUGCUGGGCAGAAUACUGUUUGCGUGGGUCAAAGGGAGCAAACUGGACUGCGAUGCCAAGAAAUGGAGGCUUGUGGCCGACGUUCUCAAUGACAUCGCCAUGUUCAUGGAGAUUUUGGCGCCCAGCUUCCCAGCAUGCUUCACUUUCAUCGUCUGCAUUGCUGGAAUUUUAAAGUCCAUUGUUGGAGUGGCAGGUGGAGCCACUAGAGCUGCUCUGACCUUACAUCAGGCUCGCAGGGACAACAUGGCCGACGUAUCUGCCAAAGAUGGCAGCCAGGAGACGCUGGUAAAUCUGGCUGGACUGCUGGUCAGCUUGGUUCUCAUUCCCCUUGUUACCAACAAUGCACUGUUGACCUUUGUCCUCUUCUUCUCCUUCACGGUCCUGCACCUUCUGGCCAAUUACAAGGCAGUCCGGUCCAUUGUCAUGGAAACCCUGAAUGAGGCCCGACUUUCCAUUCUGCUGCACCAGUACCUGCAUGAUGGUCGGAUUCUCAGCCCGUCAGAAGCCAAUAGCAGAGAGCCGGUCUUCCUUGCUGUUUUCCCCCCAGAGUUCAGAAGGAGAGUCCCCAUUAAAUUUGGUGUAAAGUUUGGGGACCUUAUCACCAGCCCUGAUGAGCUUCGUCUUGCUUUGAAAAACAACAGUAAGGCAUACCUCAUUGGAAUGAGAGAUGGUCGUGUGCUAGUGUGCCGGGGCUCAGACACAUCAGCAGGCGUGGAAAUCAAGGCUGCCAGCCAGGCGUUAUGCCUCAGCAUGAUGCUGUGCCAAAUGUGUCCACCAGAGGGAGCUCUAAAGGCACUUUCAGCCACUCAGACACAAAACCCCUGGGAAAUGGUCUCUGAGAGUCACAAAAUCAUUGACCAGAUGUUUCCACUCUUCCUUAAUGGCCUGCGGAAGGCCGGCUGGCAGACAGACCGCACGCUCCUCGACUGGGAUGAGUGGAGGGUGGUGUGGAGGAAGAAGAGCGAUUGAAGACGGGAAAAAACGGGAGGGGUGUUGUAACCUGCGAGCUGAGUCCAUGGGACCCCCUUGGUGAUGAACACACCUCCCCAUCAUCAAAGCUCCUCUGGCAUCAUCUGUCUUCAUUCUCGUGAUCUGUGUGCCAUUUGUUUUGAUAAAGGGAUAAAAGUAUGAAAAGAUCCAUGUUUUGUUGUAUCUUCUCCCCCACCCUGCAUUUUUUAAGGGUUUCCCUUGAUUUAUGGAUGUAUUCCAUCAUCUCCAGGUUUCCGUUUAUUGGACGUCUUAAUCUUAGUUUUGCUUUGGCCGAUUUUUCAUUCUCUGAUAUUUGCAGUCCUUGACUGGAGAGUCAUUCUUUGCCGUGUGUAAGUCAUCCACAAGGUGGCAGCAUCUGAAAUUGUUAGACUGAGAACCACUGUUGAGUUUGUGACCAGCGUGGAUAUAAUGACACAUAUGCCAUCUUACAAGGGCAAAUAAAGUGUAAGCGUUCAGCUCAGGUUCAUGUUAGUGUCGCUUACACUGGCAUAAUUAUGUAGCAAUAGAUGAGAUGGAGACGCCAAAUCAUUUAAGUUCAAGCUUACAUUUCAUCUGGUGAAUUUAAGUAUUCAGUUGGUUUUGUAUACAUUUGGUUUGUAUUUGGAUUUUUUGCACUUUUUGAGAAAAAAUAACCGCCCAUUUCACCUUUCAGAAAAUUGCUGUCCAUAUGGUUACUGAUAGGAACAAUUGAUGGAUUUGGAAUAUGCAAACACUCCCUAUACCUAGCAGCCCCCUCCACCUAAUGCAUCACACUCCCUAGGCCUAGCAGCCCCCUCAGCCUAACACAUCACACUCCCUAGGCCUAGCAGCCCCCUCAGCCUAACACAUCACACUCCCUAGGCCUAGCAGCCCCCUCAGCCUAACACAUCACACUCCCUAGGCCUAGCAGCCGCUUCCGCUUAACAUAUCACACUCCCUAUGCCUAGCAUGUCUGUCUUAGGCCUCAAACUACAUGUAUUAUUUAUGUAUUUGUUAUUAUUUUUCUGAUUCAUUGCCAGAGUGUUUAUUUCUAUAGUUGAAUGUAAGUAUCAGUUUUGUGUCUAAUUUCAGAGACUGAGACUUUUAUUGUUAGUCCUGGUUUAUUUUGUGCCCUGGUUUGUGGUCUCACUUUAAUCCGAUCAUAGCAUGUCCCCGGCUUAGUCAGCCUCUUCCGGCCCGUCUGCAGGCUGCCCCUCGGGUGACCUCUCCCGGUCAUGACUGAGCACGUCCCCUAUAGACACACAUGCCAGCCCGUGGCUGCAGAGAAGUGUCACUGCAAAUAUUCUAUCCCCUGUUGACAGAAAAUGUUUUUUUUUAUCUUCACCUUUGGAAGUAAGUCAGCAAAAUUUCUCAUUCCAGAAAGGGUGAAAUGAAAAGCUUGUUUUUAGUUUGUUUUUUCCCUUCUUGCAUAUUGCUGUUUGUGUGAAGCCAACUGUUAUUAAAAUAAGCAUUACAAGCUGCUCCAUUUUAAUGCUGCGUGCUUAUAGCAGCCAGUGGUAGACUCUCAGCAGUCAAAGUAUGUAUAAUUAAAGUAUAAGUAAUGCUAACAAAGUAUCAGGACCAGAACAGUAGUACUAUUACCAUCCAGUAUCCCAGCUUAAACACUUUAAGAAUCUAGUGUCUCUUUUAAAUGGUGUUUUAAACCUUAUCUUGUAUAUUUGUAGUAUACCAGCAAAGGGAGUAUAAUACUCAAUAAUAGCAAAAUACAUCCCUUUGCAUGUUUGAUCUUGUAGUGGUGCAGCAUGUGAUUAUGCAGUGCUUUUUUGAUAUUAUAAGUGUUAUAUAACUGUACAAAAAUAA